GCAAAUUCCAACUCGCGGUGAACAGUGCCCAAAUUCCCAAAGAAUUGCUCCUCCUCCUACCUUCGUACGUGAAAGCGUUUCAGUGAUACUCUGCCGACGGACUCAUUAGAGUGCGGUGUUGCCACCUAAUUUCAUAGGAUUUCGUGUUUGAUGCGCACGGUUCGGCCCCGCAUUCGACGCUAGCAAAAAGUGACCAGUGAACGUACUGUGAGACCGAUCGUUAGAGCAAAACAUCGUUAUAUUACACGCUCUAAGUAGGCGAACCGAAAACGCAAAGUUGCUAUAGCUGUGUGCCAAUCGAGCUGUAGCUGUGAUAUUGCGUGGCGUUCGGAGCGUUAAGAAAUAGUUUCAAUUUGUCCCGAAUCGGUGUGCUGCCGAACGGAAGCAGAGUGCACUCAGCGAGAAGAAGAGGGGCACAAAAAAUCCUUCAACCUUCCCUAACCUUGUUGAAGUGAACAUGUUCUCCGGAUUAACAAACCAAGUGACCUCUUGGAUCGGCGCGGCCAAGGGCGAGCCGCAGGACGAGGAGGUCCCGACUCCCCCGAACUCGGCAGCGACCACUGCGACAGCGACUACUUCCGGUGUUAUUGCGGCGUCGUCUACGGCAGCGGCGGCACCCGACGCAGCAGCUGCAGGCGAUGGAGGCGACAAAAGCCCCACAAAAGGAGGAGUUUUCUCUGGCGUGUCGUCGAAGGUGACGGGAUGGCUCGGUAACGCGUCCAUCCCAUCGAUGCCCACGAUUCCGACGGUGUCGAUGCCUGCUAUGCCAGCGAUGCCUUCGAUGCCAUCAAUUCCUGGGCUAAGAAAGACGAACCAAACAGACGAAAAUGGUGGUAUAACCAACGAAGGCCUCGUCACAUCGCCCGAGAAGGCUAGUCAAGGUAUUGCCGGCUCGACGGAUGCUGCCGAUGAGGAGGACCGGUCAAGGUAUAUUAGUGCCACUGGAGGAGCUGAUUCUCGUCCCGCUACGGGCCCAGGCACACCAACUGAAGAGAAUGCUGGACAGAUUGGUCAAGUUACACAUAAAGUCACUGCUGGUGCUAAAUCGAUUGGAUCAUUCCUUUACUCUUCGUUCAACAAAGCUGGUGAUAAGAUUAAGCAUCUGAAAGACAACAGCAUUUUGGGAGAAUUCAGCAAGGAACAGGAAGCAUUCAUUAAAAACCAGCAAGGAGGAAGCGGUGCUGGUGCGUGUCCGUGGGUAGGACAUGCUAAUGAGGCCAAGAUCAAGGAAGAAAUUCUAAGCCUGUCGGCGGAUCGUCGAAACUUUGUACGUGCGCCACCGGCUGGUGUUGAAUUCGACUUUGACUAUGACUCAUCGUAUCCAGUUGCAUUGGCAAUCAUGAAUGAUGAUAAAGAAUUGGAAAAGAUGCGAUUCGAAUUGGUCCCUAAAAUCAUCACGGAAGAAAGCUUCUGGCGUAAUUACUUCUACCGUGUUUCCCUAAUAUGUCAAGCGGCGGAGCUGGGUACGCUGGGAGACAAUAACGAGUUCGUAAAACGUGGCGCCAGUGAAGAUACAGAGGAGCCCAUGAAAAGUCCGUCUGAUGCAUCGAAACCGAUGCUCAAACCGAGUUGUGUAAGCUCACAGUCCAUCAGUACAGAAGAUUCGAAAUUGUCUCUGGAAACGAACGGUGCCCCGAGUAAACCCGGUACGAGUGACGCGCCGUUGGGUACUGUCGGUGCUACAAAUAUCGGCAAAAGCAAGCACGGCGAGUUCGUUUCGGAUAGUUUUCAAACAAGCGAGCAGGAUCUGGAGGAGGUAAAGGCUGGCAUGAAAAAGCUGGGUAUCGACAGCCUUGCACAGCAGGCAAAUGAAUCUAUUGGACAAGACAGCGUCAAAAGUGAGGAACAAUGGGAAAAAGAUCUGGAAGCGGAACUGCAGGACUACGAGUUGGUUAACGAUGGGAGCAACGAGCGCAACACCAACUGGGAGAAGGACGUCGACGAGCUGUUGGACGACGAAACGGAUCUUAAAUAAAACGAGUGUUUCAAUCAAUUGCUUUGUAAUAUGAUCAACUGUAGCGCAUCGAAGUGAGGGGCGCACCGCUGCCUCACUCGGGAACCGCGCGGGAUGCUGGAUUGCUGGAUGAUGGUUUGCGAGAUGUGUUACUACUUGCGUUAAAACAUAAACUCUAUGCACUCGUUACAAGUAGCUUUUAAUGGUAGGUUUGAUGUUAAUGGGGCUAAGUUUUUCACACUAUAAUCCAUCAAUUUGGUCGAGUUUGCGCCUUGCCGAGUCAGUGAGUUGCUUAACUGUAAUGAAAUUUAAUGAUAACGAUGUCUGUUGAAUUAAUGUUUCAAACUACAAACGAUACGGUUUGGCAAUCCGUCUACCAGGUGGCAUCGAUAAUCGGGUUUGUUUGAUGCACUUUUCUCAUUAGCGAAAGUGUACCCUCGACAUAUCAAGCUACUCCUGUUUCCUUCGGCUUUUUCCCGUCGAAUGAUUUACUAACUUUUUUUGGCAUGGACUGGCAGUACUGAGUCGAAGCUGCUGCGCUGGAAGUUUACCCAGCGCAUCAUGUUACAAAGAAAUUGAUAUUAAUAACCGCCCCUGCAUCAUUCGGAGACGAAGUGCAAUGAUGAAAUAAUAUUUAUUAGGAGUCUGGAAGUAGAAAUGAUGCUACAGUUAUACGAUACAGUUGACUGGCCUCAAUGAGACAAAACUACUGCAUCGAAAAUUUCAAGAACCCAAACGUUUCUCAUUUUCGUAGUGGAUCUGGCGCAAGAACCUAUCCAUGUUAGAAAAUUGGAUAACUCUAUGCUUGUGGGUCAAGUUAGAACAGUGUUUAGAGAUCUUGAAAACAAUGAUACUUGUUAAUAGAAACGCAAAGUUCUGCUUGAUGGUGUUAACUAUAGAAAAGUUUAUUUUUACAGUGCGAAACUAUCACUAUUUUUUCGAACGUUUUCAUACAUUUGUUCUUUACUUUGAUACUCAAAUAUUACAAAGCUAGACAUCCUCUUACUUUACCAAAGUAUUAGACAAUUAAAUUAAGGAACUGGCUUAUUGGUGGAAGCGUCACGAGCCAAUCAUCUACAACACUGUCUUAAAACGUUGAAAAGAUGAAGAUGCAAAUAAAGCUGCAUUCCAGGGCGUAUAUGUAACAUGCAGUAGU